GAAUCAGUCUUGCUUUGAAAGUUUUGAGAACCUUUGGUUCUGUUUUAGAAAAGGACACAUGUUGCGUACUGCGCAGGAAAAAGUUAGAGGAAGCCCAUGAGUUAGGACUUCUAUGCAUUCAGGUUGUCAGAAAGCAGUAGCCUGCGAUGGCUGGGCAUACGAGCGUGAGUGCACACACGCGCGCACACACACACACACACAGUGUGACAGAUGACCUAUUGAAAUAAUUUCAGAGCAGCUCGGUGGUUGCUACGACAACCAAUGCUCUCUUGGCUUUCAUCUGGCCAUGUGACAGCGACUUUGACGUCAGCUGGAGGCAGAGUCUGUGGUUUAGUCCACCGAGCCAAAGGCUUGUGAGAAUCUCUUGGAUGCUGGACUUAUCUCCGCUCGCUGCCUCUGCUGCCACCGCUGCCGCCACUACCGCCGCCGCCGCCGCUACUGCUGCUGCUCCCGCAGCCACCGCUGCUUUCCAGGGGUUGUCGGAACAUGGACUAUUAAACUCCUGCAUUUCUUCCGUGUGAGCUGAACCUCUAAUACCAGGAUGGGGAAACAAAACAGCAAACUACGCCCAGAGGUGAUGCAGGAUUUGCUGGAAAGCACAGACUUUACCGAGCAUGAGAUCCAGGAAUGGUAUAAAGGCUUCUUGAGAGACUGCCCAAGUGGUCAUUUAUCCAUGGAGGAAUUUAAGAAAAUCUAUGGGAACUUUUUUCCUUAUGGGGACGCUUCCAAAUUUGCAGAGCAUGUAUUCCGCACUUUUGAUGCAAAUGGAGAUGGAACAAUAGACUUUAGAGAAUUCAUUAUUGCCUUGAGUGUAACAUCCAGAGGGAAACUGGAGCAGAAGCUGAAAUGGGCCUUUAGCAUGUAUGACCUGGAUGGAAAUGGGUACAUCAGCAAGGCCGAAAUGCUGGAGAUUGUCCAGGCAAUCUAUAAGAUGGUUUCCUCAGUAAUGAAAAUGCCUGAAGAUGAAUCAACACCAGAGAAAAGGACGGAAAAAAUCUUCCGCCAGAUGGAUACCAACCGAGAUGGCAAACUCUCCCUGGAAGAAUUCAUCCGAGGGGCCAAGAGUGACCCCUCAAUAGUGCGCCUCCUGCAAUGUGACCCCAGCAGCGCCGGCCAAUUCUGAAACCCAUUCCCAUUGUCUGGAUGAAUUCUGUAGAGCUGCUUUUUUUCUUUUUUCUCUUUUUUUUGCCAAACAUUGGUGGUGAUGUUGCCUCUGUAUGGCCAGAUAUUUCUUCUUCUGUGACACCUUUUAGCUUCUUUUGUGGAUGUGUUCAUGGGAAUGCCAAGUGCUCUCAUCUGCUUGUCAAGAGCAUGGACAAUACUGUUCUACACAGAUUUUUGUGGUGUUCAUUGUUUCAAGGGUUUUUUAUUGUUACUAUUAUUGUUAUUGUUAUUAUUUUGGUUUAACAUGUCUGUUCUUAAAACUAAGGAUCAUGGAUGCCAGAGUUCAAAAAGUCAUGUAACCCUUGGAGUAUCAUGCCUGGGGACCUGAAGAGAUUUAAAAGAUAUUUUUAAAAAAGAAAAGACCAAAAAAGAAACUUAAAAAAACCCAACAACUUCCCCAUAGCAUCGAUUCCUAAAUAUACCUAAGUGUUCCAAGUACAGAUGCAGCUGGGAAGUAUUCCCCAUUAACAAGUUGUACCCUAGGUUGUAGGGCACAGUCACAAACUAGACUUGAACAAUCAAUCCAAAAUGGCUCACUUCUAGAGGGGGGGGCUGUAGUGUCUAAACUGUGAACAUUACUAAUGGUGAAUAAGGAGAAAGGGGGCCAUAUAACUCAGCUGUUUUUGAAACCACGUUUACAAUAGAUAAUUCAACCUAAUUUCAUUGAGCAAGUAAACAAAAAUCUCCCAUAAUCUAUCUUCCAAAACCAGGCUUGUAUCUAGUCGCUCUUUGUGUUAACAGAAAAGAAUGUUGUAAAUAUACAAUAAUGGCUGAUGAAGACAAAAACAGUAUUCUGAAAUGCUGAAGGGAGAUGCAUGUCUAAUGAGACCUCGGGAAAGGGGGGGUGGGUAGUGUUCUUGCAGUCUUACUACAAAAGACUGUUUUUGUUUUUGUUUUGGUAGCUUAUUGUGAGGUAAGCCAGCUCUAAUGAAUGUCUGACAUGUCGUGUGUUUUAAAGUCAUAUAUUCUGUCUGCACAGAUGCGCCAGUCAAUAGGUGUAUUUUAUGUAUUUAAAAAUGUUCAAAAAAACUAUCAAAAGGGCCCCAGUUCUUCAUUUUAUGUUUCCAGAUAAAUGAUAUGUGAAAAGGGAAGGAGUCUAGACUAAGGAGGAUUGGGUAUUUUGGGCCACUACAGGAUCAUAAUGAAUGGGGGUGAGGCUGGGUGCCCCUAUGACCAUUUGAGGUCGAAUUCAAGACUGAGUGAUUUUUUGAUCUCUUCAAAGAGAAGAAAAUGUUAGGUGCCCAUGCCCUUGGGCUUUCUAGGACCUAAAAUCCAAAUCUGUGACACUUCUGAGAUGUUCAUCUUCCCAAGCCAGAUCCUUGAAAUGCAAUCCCCAAUGUCUCUGGCUAGGGCAAGCAUCCAAUUCUUUUGUUAGGAAUCUGGAAGUACAGCCAAGAUUGGCAAAGAGCCUCAGGGGAGUGAUGGGGUAUAAGCAUAGCAUUAGAAGGCUGAUUUUGAUUCUGGUUACAUGAGAGUGUAUGCCGAGGUAGAGCCAGGUUCUCGACCCUUUUCAUGCAAACUACUAACUACUUUGAAUGUCCAAUUAAGAAUUAGAGUCCCUCCCGAAGGUACUCUGCUAAAUGUCAGUGAACAGCAGGAGAGAGCAUCAUUCUUCACAGUGAUUGGAUGGUCAGUAACUAGAACCCUUAGGGAUGGAGGUCAAGCAUGGCCCACCAAAAAGACAGAUAGAUCACUGGGUUGGUUCUCCAACUUCUCCAAUAGAAAACGUGUCGGACAAGCAGAGACAUUGCAUUUGGAAACAUUUGGGAAAAGUUGUGACUCAACAGCAGGAUGAGCUCAUAGAAACAUGCCCUCCAUCCUGUAUUAUUAACAACUUGAGAGUCCAUUGAAACUAGUAACCGAAAACAAUUCAGAUUUUAUGCUGUUGACUAAAAUGAGUCAAAAGUUUCUUUGCAUGAAAAUCUUUCCUGCAUUGAGAUCAUAAUUCAGUGAAGUGGGUGCCUUCGCUGGAUGACUUUAAAUCCCACCUUGAUUUGUUCUAUACAACAAGCAUGUAUUAUUAAUCACCUACUAUGUGCCAGGCAUUGUGCUAAGAAAGGCAAAAAAUGGUCCCCUGCUCUUAAGGAGCUCACCAUGGUCGAACGGGAGAGAUAACAUUCAAACAACUGUGUACAAACAAUAUAAAGAUAGGAUGAAUUAAAAAUAAUUUCAGAGGAAAGCACUAAGAUUAAAGAGUUCCAAAAAAGACUCCCUCCAAGGUGGGAUCUUAACUGAGAGUCUGGAAACCAGGAGUAAGGAGAUGGAGUGUCCUGCUGGCAGAAAGACUGCCAGGAAGCCAGUGGCAUGAAAUUGUAGCCUGGAAAGGUAGAAAGAGGCCAGAUUAGGAAGAUUUUUAAAUGCCAAACAGAAGACUUUCUAUUUCUAUUCUUGUUCAUUUAAUUAUACAGAUGAAAGGAAAUUAGAUUCAGUUUUUCCCUCUCUUUUCAUCCUAGUCUGGAUAUUAAGAGCUAAUCUCGACUGAGAAAUUUUGUAUUCUCCCAACCACUUUCAGCCUCUUUGGAUAAUGGGUUUUGCAUAGCUCAGGCCUUCCACUGAAAAUCUCUAGAGAUUUCCUUAGUGCUUAUAGCCUGAUGGUGUUUGAGCUUUUAUCAUUGAAGGAAGGAUUUGUUUUGCCUCAGCAGAGGUCUUCCCUGAACUCUAUUUUCAUUCCUCCAAAGAAGUACUUAUGAAUCGAUGAGUGUUUUUGCUUCUUCUACCUUCUAGUUAUGAAUCAAUGAAUGUGUCUGGUGCUUCUAGCCCUCCUUUCAGUCCCUUCCCAGGCUACAGUGUAGGCCUCUAAAUCAGAAGCAGAUAGAGGACUCAUCAUGGAGGGUAGGGAUAUACUUGAGUACAGCGCCCACUCUCCAGCAGAUUCCAGAGCCCUGCCACCCCACUAGGUACCUCCUUCCUUGCUUCUACCCCUCCCCUACACGGACAGAAGACAGGGAGAUGAUAUUCCUCCUACACUCUUUCCCCUUUCAAAAUCCAGCUAAAGAAAGUGACCAAACAUUUAGUAAAUUAAUUAAAAAAAUGUACUGAACAUUUGUAUAGAGAGGCAUCCUUGCAUGGAUUACAGAGCUCACUUUAGAGUCAGGAGGACCUGGGUUCAGGUUCCUGUCACAUACUAGCUGAGUACCCUGGUCAAUCCAUUUAACUUUUUGGUGUUCUAGGCUACUCCCACCAGACUUAAGUUUCAGAGAAGGUACCAGUCUGCAUUGGUAAAGGAUGAUUCUUCCCUGAGAGUUCUCUGUGGUCUCUAUUUACAUCCUGGCUUCUGCAGAGCACUAUGUAGAAGAGGCUACAAAAGAAACAGCCUCUUCCUUCAAUGUAGCUUUCAACUCUAGCCACAAUGAUGCCAAUGAGAACUGUGAUGACAUUGAGGGAGCAGGGUUGGCCCAAUGGCCCUGAAAUACAGCAGGCACCAAGGGCAGCUGACCCUGUCACACUUAUCUUAUUGUAUACUGACCCGAGACCCUUAGAAAAGGGGUGAUAUUUGUUAAAUGCUACUGGCAAAGCCCAUCACUCACUUGCCCUUGCUGUAAGACCUGUCUCUGUAGAGGGAUAUAGUUAUGAUAAUUAAGCUCUUGCUAGGAUACAAAUGCCAUCUGUCCUAGCUUCCAGGAUGGAGGCCCCUUGCCGGCCUUGCCCUGGUUUAAGAAUUAUAGGACCCAGAACUGAAUUUCUCCUGUUCGUUGUUCUUGGGGAAGGCAUGAUUAAAUCAGUUCAUUAAUGGAGGACUUUAAAAGAGAUGAUCGGAAAGGUCUGUGUCAUGCUUCCUUGGCUCCAGAAUCUUACCAGAUUAUAACCUUUUUUCCAAUGAAGCCCAGAGCCAGAGGGCAGAGCAUGAUAUCCCCAACUAUACAGGACAGAAAUAAAUAAUAUAACUGGACAUGUGGUGAUGUGUAUAUACUCAACCGAACGCAUUGCAAUCAUCCUCUCUCUUGCUUGUCACUGAUUAUUUCUUAUUCCUAUGUCCUUCUCCUUCUCCAUCUCAAAAACUACCAUCCAGUCUCCAUAUGUAAUUUAAUCCAUUUCCAUGGGACAGAGUUGGUUAAAGGGACAUCAACAACCCAGCCUAACCUUUUUGUACCACUCUUCUGCUAAGUAUCGUUACCAUGUCCUGGGAUCUCUGGAAAAGGAGAAUGUCCAAAUACAAAAUAAAGAUCAUGUGUAAUGUUUGAGGGACUGGAAUAAAAUGGCUUACAACUUGAAGAACUCCAAA